CAAGAAACUGAGGUCUAGUCCCUCCCUACAGAACCCUUUUGUUUGCUUCAGAGCGAGACGACAGAAGCGAGUCCCGCGGCACGACCCGGUUUUUGGUUCUGGUGCGUUUGCGUCUCAUGAUGUGGAUAUACAAUUGUUUUUAAUGACAAACCUGUUUGGGAUUGUUUUGUGUUUCUGAUCAACCAUGGGGAUUCGACAUCAAGCCGCUCUGCGAAGCUCCUGGAGCUUCUUUCUCUUGGCUGCAUUGUUUCUCGAUGGAAAACGGGCUCUGGCUGAACUGCGCUACUCUGUUCCCGAGGAGGUGAAGGAAUCAACGAUUGUGGGAAAUGUGGCCAAGGAUCUGGGUCUCGAUAUCAGCUCUCUGGUUGCUCGACGGUUCCGUGUUGUUUCUGAGUCCGAGGACGCGUUUUUUGAGGUAAACCCGCACAAUGGAGAAUUGUACGUCCGUAAGAGAAUAGACAGAGACGGCUUCUGUCAGGGGAGGGAGUCUUGCUUGAUCGAGCUCAAGAUCAUCGUGGAAAACCCGUUGGAAAUUCACUAUGUGGUUGUGGAAAUUACUGAUAUUAAUGACCACGCGCCCAUUUUUCCUGAAACACAACAAAUAUUUAAAAUGGGAGAACUGACUUUGCCAGGAACUCGGUUUCAAUUACUUGCCGCAAAUGAUGCGGAUUCUGGGAUUAAUUCCAUUCGCACUUACACUUUAACGUCAAAUGAACAUUUUGAGGUUAAUAUACGUCAAAGUGAUUUGGCGAAGGUACCGUUUUUGGUUCUCAAAAAAUCACUGGACAGAGAAAAGACAAACUAUCACUCGUUCAUUCUUACUGCAAUGGAUGGGGGAAAACCACAGAAAUCUGGAACGUUAAAUGUAUCAAUAAUUGUUCUUGACAUUAAUGAUAAUCGCCCAAUUUUUAGUCAGGAUGUCUAUCAAAUUAAAGUUAAAGAGAAUCUUCCAGUUGGUGCCUCAAUAAUUAAAUUAAAUGCAACUGAUCAGGAUCAGGGUAUAAACAGCGAGUUGGAAUUCAGCCUUGGAAAACAUUUAAGACGUGGAUAUAAUGAACUAUUUAAGUUGCAUAAACAAACGGGCGAAAUUACAUUAAUGGGUUCGCUUGACCACGAACUAAAUGAGGUAUUUGAAUUUGAUGUUGAGGCAUCUGAUAAGGGAAUCCCUCCCUUAUCGGGAGAGUGCAGAGUGAUUAUAAACAUUAUUGAUGUAAACGACAAUCCACCAGAUAUAGAAGUGACAUCACUAUCCAACACAGUAGCAGAAGAUUCCAAACAAGGAACAGUUGUUUCCCUCAUCAAAGUGAAAGACAAAGAUUCUGGUCUAAAUGGGAAAAUAAUCCUACAAAUAACUAAUGACGUACCGUUCGAGUUAAAACCCUCUUAUAAGGAAAACACAUAUUCAGUCGUUACAAAAACAGUUCUGGACAGAGAGGAAGUGUCUCAGUAUGAGAUCAUACUAAAAGCCACAGACUGUGGUGAACCUCCUUUGUCUUCUUUUAAAACCCUCAACAUCCAGAUAUCAGAUGUGAAUGACAACAGUCCACAUUUCCAACAAAACCCACUGGACUUUUAUCUGUUAGAAAAUAACCUGGCUGGAGCGUCAGUGUUCUCUGUGAGCGCAACUGAUAAUGAUCUGAACGAGAACGCAGCUGUUUCCUAUCAUAUAGUGAGAGAAGGACGUAAGAACGACCUGCUGUCUUUCCUGAACAUCAACUCAGACAAUGGACACAUUUCUGCUCUGAAAAGCUUUGACUUUGAGACGGUGAAGAGUUUCCAGUUCCAAGUUGUGGCCACAGAUUCUGGAAGUCCGUCACUGAGCAGCAACGUGACAGUGAACGUGUUCAUCCUGGAUCAGAACGACAACCCUCCAGUCAUCCUGUAUCCAGUCAACUCCAACGGUUCUGCUGAAGGUGUGGAGGAGAUUCCCCGCAAUGUGAACGCAGGACACUUGGUGACUAAAGUCAGAGCUUAUGACGCUGAUGUAGGUUACAACGGCUGGUUACUGUUUUCACUGCAGCAAGUUUCUGACCACAGCCUCUUUGGUUUGGACCGCUAUACGGGACAGAUCAGAACUCUCCGCUCGUUCACAGAGACAGACGAGGCGGAACAUAAACUGGUCAUACUGGUCAAAGACAAUGGGAACGUGUCUCUCUCAGCAACAGCUACUGUGCUGGUCAAAGUUGUGGAGCCCAAAGAGGCUUUUGCUGCUUCUGAUGUUAAAAGCUCAGCAAAAGUGGAUGAAGACACGGAUGUGACUUUUUACCUGAUGAUCACUUUGGGCUCAGUUUCAGUCCUUUUCAUCAUCAGCAUCAUCGUGUUGAUCGCAAUGCAGUGCUCCAAGUCCACAGACUACACUUCUAAAUAUCUGCAAGAGACCAACUAUGAUGGAACUCUGUGCCACAGCAUCCAGUACAGAUCUGGAGACAAGCGCUACAUGCUAGUUGGACCCAGAAUGAGUAUUGGAUCUACUAUAGUUCCUGGCAGCCAUGCCAACACUCUGGUGCUGCCUGACAGGAGGAGGACCUCUGAAGAGGUAGGAUGGCGUUCAGUUAUAUCCUUGCAAGCGCCUCAUAAAUUUGCAGAACUUAGAGCAUGUGUUGUCCUUGGUGCUGAAAUGUUGUCUGUAUGGCGCUUUUUUUUUUGUUUUAUCCGGGUCAAAUACAUUAGGUCAGGCCAACUGAGGACAUAAGAACAUGCUGAAAUAUAUUUCUGGUGCUAAUUUGAAUACAAUACAGUGAAUUAUAGGUUUUUCCUUUCAAAGUUUUGCUUCUGUAUGUGUGUAAUAGACAAAUGGAGUCCGAUUUCCGAAAAAAAUCGAAUUAUAUUCAAUCUCUACAUAGACAAAAUUGACAAAAGAUAUUCCCGUAUUCUUCAUGUAUUUUGUUUCAAAAAUAGAACCUAUAGAAACGUUAACUGACUCAUUGAGCUGCGGUCGAUGGGGAAAACUGUCACCUGCAGCAGCCAAAUUUAAGGGCGGUGGCCUCUGACAGGGACAGAGUCAACCUUCACUUUAAAAAUACACAAAACAUUUUGAAGUGUCACUGGAUCAAUCAUGAAUUAUUUUUAUGUUAUUUUCCUCCGAAUAGAUUUCUU